AACAAAUCCGGGUCGGGCGGGUAGUGAAAUUAUUGGUUCUAACUCCCAACUGCGAUUCCACUCACAGAGCGGCGAGCUUAUCCCACUGAAGAGAGAGAAACAAGCGAGAGAGAAGAGAGCGAAGAAAACCUUGAACCUUCAAUAAUGGAGGAUCUUUGGCGAUCAGCAACGGGUCAAGACCCGCGUCCCGAAGACUACAACGGAAUCGAGUUCUGGUCCAACCCUGAACGCUCCGGCUGGCUCACAAAACAAGGCGACUACAUCAAAACCUGGCGCCGCCGCUGGUUCGUCUUGAAACAGGGCAAGCUCUUGUGGUUCAAGGAUCCCUCCUCCGCUUCCUCACGCUCCUCCGUGCCACGUGGCGUCGUCAACGUUGCCAACUGCCUCACCGUUAAGGGAGCCGAGGACGUUCUCCACAGGCCCUCCGCUUUCGAGCUCUCCACGCCGCACAACACCAUGUUCUUCCUCGCCGAUUCCGAUAAAGACAAGGAGGAUUGGAUCAACUCCAUUGGCCGCGCGAUUGUUCAGCACUCGCGCUCACUCGCCGAUAAUGAGGUCGUUGAUUAUGACAAUAAUAGAAACGCUGCUCGCGAUGUUGAUGAUGGUAACAAGAACGAUGCCACGCGCUGAUUGCGUUUUUCACGCGCUUUCUCUCUGUUCUCUAUUUUUGUUGUGGAUUGCUUUGUUUAAUGUGAUGUGUAUGUAUAGUUUGUAAAAUGUUUCGGAUUUUUUUAUCCUUUCUAAUUUAAUGUUGGUGAUUGAUAAAGAAA